AUGACUUCCACGCAGUCGAAGGCAUGCUGCACGGUACCGCCCGUUGUGUCCGAUGGCUACAAGGCCAAGGGCGAGUAUACGCAGAUCGCAAACAUGCGCACCUAUACAACUGGGCCCAAAGAUGCGAAGCAAGCCUUGCUCGUGAUCUAUGACAUUUUCGGGUUCUUUCCGCAAACGGAGCAAGGGUGUGAUAUCUUGGCCCAUGGUGACAGCGAGAAGCAGUACCAGGUUUUCAUGCCUGACUUCUUUGAUGGUCAGCCGGCGGACAUUAGCUGGUACCCGCCGGACAGCGAGGAGAAAGGUCAGAAGUUGGGGCAGUUCUUCAAGAGUAAGGCCGCUCCACCGCAAACCCUAGAGCGCAUACCUCAGGUUAUUGGCGAAAUCCAGAAGAAGCACUCCGAAAUCAAGGAAUGGGGAAUUGUCGGCUUCUGCUGGGGCGGCAAGAUUGUGAACCUCGCAUCGCAGCAGGGCACACAGUUUAAGGCCGCCGCAGCCUGCCACCCAGCUAUGGUAGACGCCAACGACGCCUCGGGUAUCACCAUUCCAAUCGCAAUGCUGCCCAGUAAGGACGAGCCAAAGGACGAUGUGGAGAAGUGGGAGAAGAACCUCAAGGUGCCGCACAUCGUUGAGUGGUUUGACCAGCAGGUGCAUGGUUUCAUGGCAGCGCGUGGCGACCUCAAGAAUGAGUCCGUCAAGAAGGACUAUGAGAAGGCGUACGGGCUGUUGCUUAACUUCUUCCACGAGCACAUGUAA